AUGCCUUCCUCCUCCAGGCUGGUAUGUUACUAUAACAGCUUGGCUGAAAAUAGAGCAGAGGAUGGGAAGUUCACAAUUUCUGAUAUUGAUCCGAACAAAUGUACCCAUCUGGUCUACGCCUUUUCUGACAUUAACAAUGUCAAUGAGCUCGUACCCACAAGCACAGCUGACCAACAACGCUACCUGUUCUUCAAUGGACUAAAAUUCAGAAAUCCACAGCUCAAAACCCUGUUAGCAGUUGGUGGCAUAACCUUUAACACACAAAAAUUCAGUAGGAUGGUGUCAACACAACAAUACAGAACAACCUUCAUCCAGUCUGCGAUCACACUACUGAGGUUCUAUGGGUUUGAUGGGCUCAACCUGGACUGGAGGUUCCCUGUAACAACAGGAAGUCAACCAGACAACAAGCAGAAAUUUACACUGUUGUGCCAGGAGCUCAAAGAUGCCUUUGCAGCUGAAGUAACAAACACUCAGCGUGACAGAUUGAUCCUCACGGCUAGUGUCUCUGCUGAGAAAGCAGUCAUCGAUGCCAGUUACGAAGUCGCACAGAUUGCAACGAGCCUGGACUUCAUUAAUGUGCUGACAUUUGACUUUCGUGGCCCUUGGGAAAAUGUCACGGGACAUCACAGCCCCUUAUACCUUGGAUCCCAAGAUACUGGAGACAAGAUCUACUCAAAUACUGACUCUGCCAUGCAGCACUGGUUGGACCAGGGAGCACCUGCACAGUUGCUAAACUUGGGACUAGCGGCCUAUGGGCGAGCUUUUACCCUCUCCACUGCAGCCAGUGGUGUUGGAGCACCAGCCAGUGGCACUGGUGAAGAAGGCUGCUACACUGGUGAAGAAGGAUUCUGGGCCUUUUAUGAGACUUGCCUUUACACUGAAGGGGCUACAGUCCACAUGAUUAAUGAUCAGAGAGUUCCAUAUGCCGUCACAAAAAAACAGUGGGUUGGAUUCGAUAACAAGGAAAGCCUUAGUUCAAAGGUCAGUUACCUAAAAGCAAAAAACUUUGGAGGAGCCUUUGUCUGGUCUCUGGACCUGGAUGACUUCAGUGGGGAAUACUGUAACCAAGGCAACUGUCCCUUCAUCAGCCACCUGAAUACUCUCCUGGUUCAAAGUUCUCCAACUACCACUACCACUACAACAAUCCCCAACACCACAACUCCCAUAACCACAACUCCUUCUACCACAACCACAACUCCCACAACUACAACCACAACUCCUACUACCACAACCACAACUCCCACCACUACA